AUGAAUUUCUUCCCUGCACCUCCGACUUUCCAGGCUGAGGUCUACGUUCGCAUCCCAGAUGCCCUUCGUUGCACCGGUCAGGAUACAGAAUGGAGGGGAGGAUCCGCUGUUCCAGCGUCUAAUAUUUUUCUCGAGGGGCCAACAUACGUCUCCAACGGAGAUCUGUACGUGGUUGAUGUUCCAUAUGGCAGAAUAUUAAAGAUAGACAGCAAUAAGACAGGGACGGAAAUUGUACGUUAUGAUGGUGAACCCAAUGGUCUUGCCGUUCGGGAAGAUGGCUGCAUCAUCAUCGCGGACUAUAAGCAGGGAAUCCUUCUCUUUGACCCAUCCACUGGCAAAAUAUCACCACUCCUGACUCGUCGCAACCUAGAAAGGUUCAAAGGGCCCAAUGACCUGAUAAUCUCAUCAACAAACGACAUCUACUUUACGGAUCAAGGCCAGACCGGCAUGAGCGAUCCGACCGGCUGUGUUUACCGUCUCUCUCCUACGGGUAAACUCGAUUGUCUCAUCUCAAAUGGAGUCUCACCAAACGGUUUGGCACUUACCCCUGACGAGAGGUUCCUGUAUGUUGCCAUGACACGAUCAAACUCUGUGUGGCGCCUUCCGCUCCAUGCAGAUGGAACGACUACCAAAGUGGGAUUGUUUUUCCAAUCGUUCGGCUGCGCUGGACCCGAUGGUCUGGCUGUGGAUGAAGAAGGGAACUUGUUCAUUUGCCAUCCUAGUUUGGGCUCAGUGUUUGUCGUCGAUGCCGAUGGGAUACCAAAGGCUAGGAUCGUGACGGCUCCCGAGGGAGGUAAGAAUUUGACUAAUUGUGCCUUUGGUGGUGACGAUGGCAAGACUUUAUUCAUUACGGAUAGUAUCAAGGGUAAUGUGCAGUAUGUAAGAUGGCGUUGCAGGGGAGUGUCAAAAGCAAAAGCUGUAAAAACAAAGAACAUCUAG